GAUGGCAAGCGGCGUUGCAGUGGUGGUCCUUGUCGCUAUUGUUUGCAUUUGCCUUAUGGUUACUUUGCCUCUCAUUAUGGAAGUCAUUUUGAAUAUACUAGAAGCGUUCGGUUUCAAGCCAUGGCGUUCACUUCAUAUAACGCGUCUUAUGAGUUCAGCCAUGCGUGUCAGCGACAAGGCCGAGUACUUAGUUAUGAUGUCUGUACUUGCACUUAUCACGAUGCCCAUCUACAUCCAUUUCUCACACAUCGUGCCAUUCUUCAUCCGUGACUUCUCUGACGACAGUUGGUUGUUUUUACCGAUUUAUCUUCUUGUUGCACACAUAAUUCCAUCUCUGUUUCUCAACAGCAAUAUGUUCUACCAUUUUUACAAGAUUGUGUUUGUCUCUCCCGGCCUAACAAAGAAUGUUUUGAAAACGUCAUCCACAGUCAGUGAAGCCGAUCGAUGGUGUUCCGAGUGCCAACUUCCUAAGCCACCAGAAGCCCAUCAUUGUAACACAUGUGGAUCAUGUGUGUUGAGACACGACCAUCAUUGCAUUUUUGCUGCCAACUGCAUUGGACUGCAUAAUGCCCACCAUUUUUUCUUGUUUGUAUUCUAUUGCUCACUAAGUUGCUUGUAUGCUGUCUAUUUGUCACAUGACCCAUAUUCAUAUUGUCUUUCACUGGAGCAUUCCAAAGAUGUGAAACCUGCUUCUGGAUCUUUGGAAGAAAGGUGUCUCGAUUAUGGUGGGAGUGAUGUCUUCUUUUGGUUGUCUGUCUUCUCUUCGUGUGUUCUUUGCUUCUUGUUCAUGGUCAUUUUUCACGUCACAGCGUCAGGUAAGACUCUGCACGACUUUCUGAAACAAAGAGUGUGGAAACGACAUAAGAAGACAGAAUUGGAGCCACAGUGUGAGGAAAAUGCUGUAAACACAGUUGUGACGAUAAAGACCAAACGUAAUCAUUCAGUGAGAAAAGUAGAUGUGAUAAGUUGGAAGGGCAAUAUGGAGAGGAGCCUAGGACCAUUUACAAGUUGGUGGAGAUGGCUAAUUCCAGUGCCAUGGUUACACAAAUCAGAUAAUAAAUAUAGAUAGUUAUUUGUAACUAUGUUCUACUGGUACAUACAGAACGAUGCUACAGAGUAACAGGAUCUAUCUCUUGUACAGUGAGUGACUUGACUUGGAUCUAGCCAAUGGUAUACACACACUUCCCUUAACUAAUUAUGUGAGUUGUU